CGGGCGGGAAGGGCCCGGGGCGAGCCGCGGGGUCUGUGCCCGGGCCGAGGAGGAGGACGCGGAUGUGAUGAGCAGCCCCGGCGGGCAGAGGGUCGCGGGGCCCCUCGGCAGCGCCAGACGGAGCCGGAGCCGGCGGUGCGGGGGCUCCCCUCCCUCGCUGAACUUCGCCCGUCCCCGAGGCGCGCCCGGCGAGGUGCGGGGCGGCUGGCGGGGAUCCCCGCCCCGCUCCGCCGGCAUCACAUGGUGCUGGGGGAGGAGGGGGGAGCCGCCCCCCAGCUCUCGCUUCUCCUACAGUUUCUUCCAGUCUCAGCGCUCAACUCCGGCGAGGCUGGAGCGCGGCGCGGGGCUGGGCAGGGCGGGCUCCGCCGCCUGCUCCCGGGGCGCCGCUCCGCAGCGGAGGCGGCGGGGAAGCGGCACAAGUGCGCGGCGCCUCCGCUGCAUCCCUGCUUCUGAUGCCCCUUCGCGACUGCACGCCAGCCCGGCGGCCGCGGCUCCGGGAGGAUGCGGCUCUUCCUCCUCGCUGCAACUUUCUGGGGAUUGUGCCUGGCGCCAGGUUCGGGUUUGCAAAUACAGUGUUACCAGUGUGAGGAGUUCCAGCUAAAUAAUGACUGCUCCUCUCCGGAGUUCAUUGUGAAUUGUACAGUGAAUGUUCAAGAUAUGUGUCAGAAAGAAGUAAUGGAGAAAAGUUUUGGAAUCAUGUACCGCAAGUCCUGCGCCUCCUCGGCGGCGUGUCUGAUCGCCUCCGCCGGCUACCAGUCCUUCUGCUCCCCUGGCAAGGUGAACUCCGUCUGCAUCAGCUGCUGCAACACUCCGCUCUGCAAUGGGCCCCGCCCCAAGAGGAGGGGGAACUCUGCCGUGCUGCCCAGGGCACACCUGAUGACCACUCUGCUGCUGCUUACGUUUGCUCUGUUGUUUUUGUACUGCUAAACUU